CCGCGACGCGGUGAGGGUUGAAGAUCAGCGGGCGACGAGCGAUGUCAGGGCUGCAGCCGCCGUCGGUUAACACGCACAGGUUCACACCCAUUCUCGCUGAAACUCGCCAGCCUCUAAACGACGUCGCGGCAAGCCUUCGCGAGAUUCGUCUCUCGUUCGACGAUCAGAAAUCGAGUCGGGUAGUGUCGGUGAAUAAUCGUGGUGAUCGGGUCGUUCCACGGGCGGACGUAGACCAGUGGGAGAAACGAUUGUGAUCGAGACUCGCAGCGAAAGUAAUACCCGUACCCUGGGAGGAUCGAGUCUGUUCGUAGGGAUGUCCUGUUGGACGAAGUCCUGUCGAUCUUCUCGAAGGGACCUAGUCCUUCGAGGGAGGCGGGGAUGUGAGUGCACCGCUUUCUAAUCAGGACAUUGCGAGUGUCCUUCGAGGAGGGAGGGUGCGAGGAGCAGGCGGCGGAGGAGUAGGGGGAGAGGCAGAUCCAUCCAUCCAUCCGGUGGUCCACAGGAGUCGAAUUGCAUAAGAGCCUAGUCGCGCGUUUGCCAGCACCGUGUUAUGAAGCACCGCGGAGGAUGUGCUUCUCCCGAUCGGAAGCAGGAGUCGCCAGGACCCUCGUCGAGCUAGCACGAGGAUAGCUGUCGGCGGUCCGGUGUCGUCUUACAUUGGCGGGUGAUCCUCGCGCGGUCCGAAUGCCGCAGGACGGGAACAGAGCAACGGAGAGCAAGGAUGCAAGGGGACAGGAUGCUGGAAGCGAGCGAGGAGCCGAGUCCGGCGAAGCCUCUGAUCAAUAAGCCAGGAGUUCUGAGCCAUCGGGAGUUCUGAGCUCGGUGGAUCGUUCCGUGGAAGAGGAGACUCUGUUGCGAGGAUGUAGGGGGGGCCCACGACCGGGGCCCCGAAGAGGGUUUCCUCAAGGACUGUCUCCGCGGACCGUUCCGCCUUGACGGGACACGGUGAUCGUCGCGGGGACUGCCAGGUGGACUUGUCCGCUGAUCCGCGAGCGGAUUUCUCCCGCCGUCGACGAGUGACAAGAAGUUCCUUCCGGAUAAUAAUCGCGCGCGCUUGGGGGAUCACCGGCCGGGCCGGGGGGGCAAGUCUCGUAGUCGGUGUGGAACCUCGGUGUCCUUAGAACGCCGCUGGCCCCGUUCCCCGUAGUGCGUCUCUUCGAGGGUGCAGCAAGAAUAGGGGAUCGCCGGCUCCGUCUUUUGUUACUGAUCGCGAAGAACUGUGUGCGGCGUCGGACAGAGCGGACACCGAGGAAAUAUGCGCGUUUACGUUUACAGGAAGCGUAGAUAUUGUCGGUGAAAAGUAGGUCGCGCGAGGUCGAUAGUACCAUCGAACGUUAAGCGAAGAUGCGAGAGGAAACGGAAGGAAUCGCACGCGGCUACGACGACGUUAACAUCGGCGAAUCGUUUUCUCGGCGAUGACGGGCCUGUGAUAUCGUGCGCGCCCGGUGUCAACGUUCUCUCUCUUUCUCUUUCUCUUUCUCUUUCUCUCAGUCUUUGUCUCUUCUCUCUUACUCCUUCUGUCACUCUCUCUUUUCUCUCUUCUCUCUCUCUCUCUCUUACUCUUUCUGUCUCUCCUGCCGAAACACCACCCGCCGCUCUACAGCAUCUGACCGAGUAGACCGACCGUCUACCCGCUCGACACAGCGAAAAUGGUCGAUCUCGGGGGAUACAUUAUCAUACUGAUCAACCACAAUGACAAGAUCAAACUGUACGGUUCGCCGGGCAACGUGGACACGCUGGAGGUGGCAGAUGAAAUUUUAGAAGUUAAUGGCAGCACGUUGGAGAACGCCAGCCAGCCCGAAGUGAUUCAAUAUAUAUACGAGUGCAUCAAAUCCCGAACAAUAUGUCUGCGGGUCCGAAGAAGAAGCGGAAACAAGAGGGAGUUGGACGGCUUCAAGGCUGGCCGGGUGCGGAAGGCUUGGGUCAUCGCCGUCGAAAGGCGCGCCGAGGAAAGACUGAAGAGGCUAGCGUCCCAUUGGAAGAUCCAGCCCUGCGAUAUCCAAGCGAUCCUCCAGCAAGAGAUCAACGAGUCGGCCGCGUCCACCAGCGAGGACAGCGCGAGCAAAAAUGUGACGGGCAACCAAAUUACCGUGACGGUUGCCGACAAGGAACCGAGCUCGACCGCCUUCGCCCCGAAGCUGAGCAACGGCACGAUCCCGAAGGGGCCCGGCAAGGACUCGAUCGAGGGAAAGGACGCGCUCGAGAAGCAGCAGAGCCACCCCGAGGUGACGAAGCUUUUGACACCGGUGCAAAGCGGAAGGGCCGGGGAACGACGAGCCAGCAGCCCGUUCCAAAAUGGCCAGACGGAGGUGCUGAUCGGGGAGCUGGAGGGCGGGCCAAGGUCGCCGCGGGGAUCCACGUCUUCGGCGGUGAACGACGCCAAUUUCCUGAACCAACCGGACGAACGUGACGACCAGAAGCCCAUUUGGAGGUCCCGAAUUCGUAACGGCAGUGGCGUGACGGACAUACACUCGCAGCAACAGCAGCAGCAGCAGCAACAGCAGCAGCAGCAGCAGCUGCAGGAGAACAACAACGCGAAGAAGCCGCAGGAGGGACUGGGUCCCGAUGAGAUGUGGGCCCCUGGCGGCCUAGGGCCUCACCGGGAGCUACCAGUCGACGUCCCCGACACCCUUCUACAGAAGGCCUACCCCAACAAGGUAAAGAACUGCUCUUCCGACUAUAGGAACGAGCUUCGUGGCCCCCGUAGCGAGCUAGCUAGCGACCUCGACCUCUCCCUAAACCUUAAAAACGACACCCUUAAGUCGCCGCCUGCGCCGCCGCCGCCUCCGCCGCCUCCACCGCGCAUCGCCAGCGCGGACGGUAAAGUCCCGACUAGCCUAGAGACCGUAGAGGACGUCACCGACGCCAGCGUGCGCCCGUGCGCAAGGAACGGUCACCACCAGCCGCACAUGGUCAAGAUCGAGCUGAAGAUCGAGCCGGAGAACCUCGAGGACGAGGACGAGAAGCCGCGAAAGGACGGCAAGCAAGCGGAGAACGACGCGUACCGCAGGAGCCCCUCGACCCUGGGCUCCCCAGACCUGAAGAACCCGUUCAAAGACUUCGACGACGAGGAGGACGAGGGAGUGAACGAAGACGCGCACGGUCAGAAGGAAUCCAGCGUCGACGUGGACGUCGAGGAGGACUAUCCGUUCGCUAAAGAGGACUACCCGACCAUGCUGAAGACCUGCAGCGACGACUCGGCCAGUCCGAGGAGCUCCUCCGGCAGAUCCGACAGCACCGCUCCCCUGGACAGCAGUCUGGUGCUGAGGCACGCCAAAACCAGAGACAAAGAGUCCCCGACGUACGACGCCAGAAGGAUAGACCUGGGUUCCCCCUGCAGACCGGUGGUCCCAGAGAUCAAGGUCGCCCCGAGGUUCGGCAGAACCAGGGACGCGACCUCCUUCGACAAUCCGGCGUACGGACUGGCCGACCUGCAGGACCUCCAGGGUCUUUUGAUGAGAUCCGACGAGGUUUCCGACCUGACCAGACUGAUCGACGAACAGUGCACGAUUCCGAGACUACCCAGGGACCAGGACAGGUCGUCUCCGGCUCGGAACAAGGAGCCCAGAGAGCUGCAGACCGACUCGACUCCGGCGAAGUCGUUGAAAAGCGGCAAGAACCGCAGACAAACGGAAGACCGCGCUAAAACGAAGGCGAAGACAAGGUCCCUGGACGUGGAGGAGCUGAUCAGGUCUGGAUCCAGCGAGGAUCUCGUGGGCAUAGAGUCGGGCAGCAGUUUGUCCUCGUCCUCGAGGCAGCGGCCGAAGAAGAAACGCCAUCAACAGAUCUCCAGCGGCUACUCCACUCUGAGGAGCGAUGCCUCCACCGACCACGAGCACGCGGAGCGUAGCUUUCUGGUGGUCGGCGGGAGGCCGUACCGCGAGGUGGCCGUCGACUGUCCGCCGGAUUUCGUGCCGGUGACCAAGUGCCAUCCCGUCUAUCCCCCGCCGAACAAGACCCCCGGGAACAGCAAGCAGAACACGCUCGAGCCUAAGCGGGAGCGAAACGGGACGACGACGAUGGCCGUCGCGACGGUCGCGGCGGCCGUCGCGGGGGAUGACGGGACGACGGCCACCUCGUUGCCGUUGCCGUCGCCGUCGCCGUCGCCGACGACCGCGCCGUCCCGGCAUCUCCCCCCGAACGAGCUCGCGCUCGCGAUGCUGGCUGGUAGCGGCGACCAGCUCGCUACCACCGAGUCCUCCUCGUCUACCGUGGCCGCGCGCACGCUAGACAGAAAACGCGACUCAUCCACGAAGAAGGCCGGUCUGAACGGGCUGAAACCUGCCAUACCGCCGAGAGAUCAAAAGAGGGCGCCUGCCAGACCGCCGAAAGAUAACCUGCGUCUGUCCACGCAGAACAAUAAUGUGGAGACCACCGAUUACGCCAAUGCCGAGCCCACCCAGCAGCAGCUGCACUCCAUCAGAAAAUACCAGGAGCAGCUGCGGAAACGGAAGGAUGAGGAGGAGAGGCAGGAGAUACUCAAUCGAUCGCUACGAGGAUCGACGAAGCUCCAGGCGUUGGAGAGCCACGCGACCAGCCUCGCGGGCCAGGAGAAUCCUGCUUACGCGCAGGACGAGGUGACCACCGUCGCCAGACCCAGCCAUGUCUUCGCGAAAACGGUGCAGGACGUCGAGGAGCCUCCCAGGCCCCUCACGUACGGAGAGGUGGUGGCGAUCCUGGAGAGGUUACAGCUCCAGCUGCGCAGCAUUUCCGGCGCCCUGGGAAUCUCGGGGCCCGGCGUCGAAGCGGAACUCGAAGCUGUGCGAACCCUGUUGGUCCAGAACCGAUUCGCCUCCGCCCUGGCCACCCAUCACGCCUUGAAGAGCAAGCUGCGAUCGAACAAAGUUCUGAAGCACCACACGGAGGACGCGUCCACGUUGGCCCGGGAUUGCGUGGAGAUUCUGGAGAAGUGGCAAUCGUCGUCGACGGCAACAGGUGUCGGCGGAGCGGAAACGAUAACGGCCGUCGAGGAGCUGAACGGAAUCCUGACGAGCUACGACAUGGAGGCGCUGCUGCUCGCGCACGAUUCGAUCGUCUCCUACGUCGACGGCCAGCAGAGGAAGCAGAGCCCGUCGUCAUCGUCGCCCAGCGGACCUCCCAGCCCUACGUCCAGCUGGAGAGGUGGGACCAGGGCGGUGGACAACAUUAAAGUCAUCCGGAUCGAGAAGACGAACGAACCCUUGGGUGCUACCGUUAGAAACGAGGGCGACGCUGUCAUUAUAGGUCGCGUGGUACGAGGCGGGGCUGCGGACAAGUCGGGCCUUCUUCACGAAGGCGACGAGGUCCUUGAGGUGAACGGCGUCGAGAUGCGCGGGAAAAGUGUGAACGAGGUCUGCGACAUCCUGGCGGGGAUGCAGGGCAGUCUGACCUUCUUGGUGUUGCCAGCUCCCUCGAGUCACUGGAACAACCUGUCGAGUCGAAGAGACGACAACAACCAGAUACAGCACAUACGAGCGCACUUCGAUUACGAUCCCGAAGAGGACCCUUAUAUACCCUGUCGAGAAUUGGGCGUCAGCUUCCAGAAGGGCGACGUGCUGCACGUGAUCUCGCAGGAGGAUCCGAACUGGUGGCAGGCGUACAGAGAAGGCGAGGAGGAUCAAACCCUGGCCGGUCUCAUCCCCAGCAAAGCCUUCCAGAACCAGCGAGAGUCGAUGAAGCAGACGAUCGCCGGCGACAAAUCGACCGUGCGCAGCUCGAAGAAGUCCAGCACGCUGCUCUGCGCCCGGAAGAAUCCGAAGAAGAAGAAGCGAAACAAAUUCGGGGCGAAUUACAACGACGACGGUUAUCCGCAUUACGCAACGACUGCCAUCGACGAUUACGACAGCGAGGAGGUGCUAACGUACGAGGAAGUCGCGUUGUACUAUCCCAGGGCGAACCACAAGAGACCGAUCGUCCUAAUCGGGCCACCGAACAUUGGCAGACACGAGCUGAGACAGAGACUGAUGCAGGACAGCGAGCGUUUUGCAGCGGCAAUUCCUCACACGAGUCGUCCCCGGAAGGACUCGGAAGUAGACGGACAGGACUACCACUUUAUCUCUCGGUCUCAGUUCGAGUCGGACAUCCUCGGCCGGAAGUUCGUCGAGCACGGUGAAUACGAGAAGGCGUACUACGGCACGUCAGUGGAGGCGAUACGGACCGUGGUGAACUCCGGGAAAAUCUGUGUUCUGAACCUGCACCCGCAGAGCCUGAAGAUCCUCCGUAACUCGGACCUGAAGCCUUACGUGGUGUUCGUCGCGCCGCCGAGCCUGGAGAAGCUCCGGCAGAAGAGGAUCAAGAACAACGAGAGCUUCAAGGAGGAGGAGCUGAAGGACAUCAUCGAGAAGGCGCGGGAGAUGGAGGACAAGUACGGCCACCUGUUCGACAUGAUCAUCAUAAACACCGACACGGAUCGAGCGUACAACGAUCUGCUGACGGAGAUCAACUCCCUGGAGAGGGAGCCGCAAUGGGUCCCCGCGUCCUGGAUAGAUUAACGAGAGAAGCCAGCUUCCGAGCGCGAGCCACCCUUUAAAACCAGGUCUAGACACCCCGCGCGGACCGGGUCUAGCAGCCUCGCGGGGCUUGCCGCGAGGCGCGGAGAGGGCCAGUAGCACAGCGGAAAUGAAAGAGCAAGCUCCAAAGGCUAACCCGAGGCUCCUCAAAGGACUCGUUCUUCUAUCUGGUGCCUGUUAUACAAUAUUACGUUUCGUACACGCGCGCGUAUCAAAACACUCGUUGCCAGACUAUCGUACUCCAAGUACCGCUGGUUUCGGCGUAGUCUUCCGUGUUGCAUUCGUCGUUGCCAUCAGAUGUUCUUCGAGGAUCGUCGCCGACGUCUCCAGCGUCCACGAGCCCCAGCACCCGUCGUGUCGCGACUCUUCGUUCCUCGACCGGGCCUCGGAAAACACGAGGCGCCACAACCUUGGAGUCGAAUCCUGCAGACGGUCACGACCGCGCUCCACGCGACCCUCAGGAUCUCGCUUCCGCGAGUCCUCCUCGAGCUUCGGCACCUCCGUCGCUCGGCCCUCUGGCUCGAGGCUGGCUCGGGACACCUAGUUUUAACUCGCGAACGAUAUCCGAUCCCAAGGGAAAACCGUCGCAGCUCCGCGUAAGAUACACAAACGUUUUUUCCCAAAGAUGAAUCCUGAAAGAGAUCGGCCUUCUUUCAGCAACUCACCGACUUCCUGCCGGACACGGCCGCGAGCGAUACCGAACCACCAGCCAUCUAGGGCAAUCAGGAGCGUUCUCGAAUCGUCUAGGAACUUGAGGACCCGGCACGAGCUCCUGUUUGCCGCGUUCCAAGCCGGAAGGGACUCGACGUGACCGCGUUCCUCGUGAACACGGAAUUCCCAUGAAACCAACCACCACCCUCAUUCAUCGUUCGUCGUAGACACCCCCCACUGUCUCUUUCUACCCUCUGUCUCUCCCGGCAUCUCUUUCCCCUCGUCCCCUCUAUCUCUUUCUCUGUCUCGUGUUUGUUUAGACAAGUGUGUCGUACACCCUCUAACCACCCCCGCCCCUCCCCUUCAGCCCGUAGACCUCGUUAAAUACGAUAGACUUAGGCACGUGUGGUGCGAAUCCGCGUGAAAACGGACAUUUCGAGAGAACGGUGACGAAACCGGCCGACCCGGUGUAUCUUCCUCGGCCAAACGAACGGACGAACGUUUCCGCUCAUUUUCCACUUGUUUACGACUAGCAAUAAUCAACAGUGUUUAACGGGUCGAACCCGCUGAGAUACAGGUCUCGUGGCUCCAGGAAUUUCUGACCUAUCCCCCCCGGAGGGUUCUACGAAUUUCUUCCGGUCCGCCUCGGUCGCCGUUGGUCGCCAGAGUGUCCGCCAUCUUGAAAUUGGGUUCUAAAUUGCUCAUCGCGCUCGCCAUUCUCCAUUUAUUCGCCGUUGGAAUGUAGAAGUUACGCGUUUAUGGCGUUCGAGAAGCUACUUCCAGAUAAACUGGAGCUUCCUCAAGGUCACUAUUACUUCUUCCGCGAGGUCCUGAAUCAUUCUCUUGGCGACUCGAAGCGUUUCUAUCAUUAUGUCGGGAGAGCACCGCGAUCAACGGCGGAGCGGGAGGACCGUUCUUCUUCCUAGUUUACACGGAAAUUCUCGAUCUGGAUCUUGACGUCUGUGCCAGUAUUUGUUCCCGGCGCGGAAAUGCGAAAGGACGGUCCGGCGACGCGGUUGGAGAGGAGAAGUGUCGCGCGGCACGAUCUCGGUGUCGCUUAGAGUCCAGCCGAACGAUAAAGAGUGGCGGGCUCGGCCGCGAUCGAAUUCGCGAAAUCGUCGACGACGCCUCGGGACGUUGUGCCAAUUUGAAUGGUAACGAUGUGCCAAAAUGGCGUCCCGAGGCUGUUGUCCUGUCCAGGUCGAGACCGGUCGGGCUCGCGCUAAUUCGGAUUGGGAGACGCGUGAAACGAGAACGGGAUUGGCUAGAAACGCGGCGGGAAGUCUACGGAACACGCUCAACGACACCCAAACCACGUGUGUCCGCCGUUACAUUGUUUCUGUAAAUAUUUGUGCACUUGUAUAGAAACAGAGAUCACGAAUAAGAGGUUUAUCGUUAUUAUUGUCCUUAGUAUUAUUAUUGUCGUUAUUCGAAUUAAUUAUUAUUCUCUUAUUCUUAUUAUUCUAAUUAUUAUUAUUAUCCUAAUUCUAAUUAUUAUUAUCAUUCUGGUUAUUCUGAUUAUUCGAUUCGCUACUGCGACCCGUACUCUUUUUCUCGAGCGCGGCCGGCGGGCAUCGGCGACUUCCGGUUUCCAGAGUCCUCCGAGGACCGUGUUCCUCUUCGCGCCCGGACUGCGGAACUUCGUGCAGCUAGCGGAAUUUUUGGCAAAUUUUCGCCUGUCGGGUUUAGUGAAUUUUCGCGAAAUCUUGUUUCGAUUAGUCCUAUGGGUGUUCGCAUAAUUUCUCGCAGCUUGCCAAAUGCAGCAUGCUCUUCGAAGUUGUUUCGCGGACGCGUCGCGUCCGGACUCGGGAAUCCUUCGCACUUUUAAGAUACAAUCGAACGCGUGUUACGACAUGAAUUGACUGCCAACGAAACGAUACGCUUCCGUUAUUCUGAUUUUCACGGAAUAAGCUUACGCGAUUAAAUUCGCACGAGGACCCGCAGCCGAGCGACCGCGAGGGGAUCCUAAACGCGCGUGACGCAACGUCCGGUGCCCGUCGGCAUUCUCUGUACAUUGAACGAAAAGCAGUAUGAUUCCGUUUAUCCGACGAACAGCCGACUUUAUGUGUAAAAUAAACGUACAACUUUGAAAGAGA